UGACUGUGAUAACUUGGAAUUUUCUAAACCCAUGUGAAAUUAGCUCAUUUCAUUCUGCACAAUUUUACUCUCGUGGUGAAAUUUUUACCACAAUGGCAAUUUCAUUCCGCACAAGUUAUUCCCUGUAUGUGAACCUAUUUAGUUAAUUAGCCUUUCGUAAAUAUGAGCUCAUGCAAAUUGGUGGCAUUCUCAUCCGUGAACAAAGACGAAGACGGGGACAACUGAGCGAUGAAGCCCGCCCGCCACGAGGAGUCGAGGAGGGAAGCACUCACAAAGAAAGACGCAGCAGACACACGUGCUCGCCCAACGUUUUACUUUCCUUCCACUGCCAGCAAGAAGUCGUUGUGAGAAUCUUGUCUUAUAUAUCCCAGUUUUUUAAUAUUUCAAUUUUAAUCUUAUUGAGCAAAUUUGAAUAAAUUAGUGGUAUUUUUUUAACCAGGAGUGAGGGUGACUCUCUCUAGUAGAUAAGUAAAAAAGGUUAAAAUGGAGGAAAAGGAGGAGAAUAACCCUUUGAACCCAACGGUCUUGGUCCCUUCUGAGAUGGACCAUCUCGUAGUCGAAACUGAAGCUGCGGAGGAAGACGACAGUGGCGACGACACCAAUACCACAGUCAUCGACAUUGAUGACGAAACUUCUGACAUGGUAUAUUCGUCUCAGACUAUGGAGACCGGGUCUCCCGACAGAGCAUCAGCCACCUUAAAAAAUACUAAUUAUACCAAUGAUGUCGGAAAGAAACCGGAGGGAACGACAAAGAACAAACUGAAAAAUUACGGGCGUACUCGCGUCGAAGUAGUAAGAAAAAUUACACGGAUAAUUUUUUGCCAACUUUGCUACGCCCAAAUACCAUCCGUGUCGAAGUUCAGGAUCCACUUGGAUCGAGAACACAACAUCCAGGUCAAAGGGCCCCCUCGCAUCGUUGAUGGUGAUGAUUGUGACAACGAGUUGACGAUGAAGAAUGCAUCGGAUGCAUUACGACGUGCCGAGAACACCCCACGCACCACGGUAGCCCCCCCUGAUUAUCAAGAUGACGAUGACGAUGAGUCAUCCGAUGAUGCCGAAUCUUCGGAGGAUUCCGAUUCUGAUGACCAAGGGCAAGAAUCAAAUCCAGCAGAGUCGCAAGUCUCGACGGAGGAGUCUUAUUUGAAACUAAAAACACUUCUCAAGAAAAAAAUGGUGCGACAGGAGGCAAGAUCACAAGAUCGAGUUAAAAAAUUGCUCGUGAAACUUGAGAACAAUCAGACCAAGUACACACAGUGUAAUACUUGCUGGAUUGAGCAACCCGUGACUGGCAUACAUCAAUAUCUACGAGCGGAACAUAAGAGGCAACAUACAGAUGGGGAGUUUAUAUUGUGUCAAUUUUGUGGAAUGAGCUUUUUAUACGAUUAUUACUUGGAGAAACACUUGGAAGAUUUGAGCGUCCCCACCGUUCCUUCAACAAUGUCCCCAUUUGAAGCAGAAGAUCUCCUCCAUGAGACUCAUUCUUGUCCUGAUUCUGGUUGUGGUGAGAUUUUUGCUAACCGAAAAUGUCUACUUUUCCAUCGGACAAACGCUCACGAUCAUUAUCACCGAUGCCCAACUUGCGAGAAAGUUUACAUUCUGUACUCUGACAUGAGAAAGCAUAUACAACGCGUUCAUAAUUAUGAGAGACGUCUUCUGUCCUGCCCAGUUCCAGGGUGCGACAAGUCGUUUCCAAAUCGUCGUGGAAUUGCAACCCACGUGACUCAAGCUCAUAGCGUCGAAGAAAAAGAAAAAUACUUUACAAGCAAUAUCGGACAACCAAACAACAAAAUUGUUAAGAAGACUGAGUCAGACGAAAACGCCAAUAAUGAUGAGGACGACGACGACAAGAGCAAUGUUGUCGCCAACUCUUUGCCACCAGAAAUUAUUGUCCGUCACAAAUCACCUCAAACGUACUGGAGGAAGAGAAACGCAGAAUUGGAGAAAAUGCGAGACCUUCUCAUCAAGAAAAACAAAUUUCAUGGACCGAGACAAAAAUCCACGCCCAUCUUACCACCACGCACUCCACUGCCCUCGCAAAAACAGCACGCAUUGAAUGAGGCAAACAAAGGAAUUAACAAACCAUUUCCUCGACAAGGGAGACGAAUCUCUAUAGACAUGCCAAAAAAGAAACCCAUCACAACACAGGGCUUUUUAGGUCUACGUUCCUCUAUGCCACCUAGACCAGAUCUUGCUUUCGACGACAGACGUAGGAAAUUUCCUUCAAACAGAAAUUUCACAUUUAUGUGUUCCUUCUGCAGUCGAGCAUUCCGAACUGGCGCAGAUCGCGAUGCCCAUGUGGGUUCCACACAUCACUUUGAUCUCACUCUAGAAAAACCCUUCAUUUGCCCUGUGACUGAUUGCGAUAAAAGGGACCAUGUUAAUGGACGUUCGUUACUCGGACACAUCCGUCGUUACCAUCCACCUUCCGUCGACGAAGAACUAUUUCUGCGUAGUAUAGAAGAGGAUAAAUUAGCUGAGGCAGCAAAUCCUUCAACCUUGAAUUCUUCAGAGUCACCGUCUGAUGAAGAUGAUGCCGACAAUAUGAGCGACGAUGAAAAUGAUGUAAGUUCUGAACCGGAAGAAGACUUAUCUGACGAUGAAGAGGUCGAAGUAGUUCCUAAAAAACGAAAGCUAGAAAGCAAAAAUACAAAACCGACCAAGAGGAAAUUUCAGCCUUCAUCACGCUCUACUUCUGGGGUUCGCCAACCCUUUAAGCGCACGGACAUUAGCCUGUCCCCAAGCUGUGAACGACCCCAAGGGCGUCCUGGUCCAAAUGCUUACCAUGUUCGCGAAGUGUUGGCAAACUUUACAAUAGAUGGUGGUUUCUAUUGCCCAGAAUGUCCAGUCGCGGAACGAAGCCCUCUCUCAACCACAUGGAACGUUCAGCGACAUAUUCGAGUUCUGCAUCCAACGUCAACACUUCUCUCAUGCCCUAGGUCGGUUAAUAUCGAAGCUAUGAAAAAUAAGCACAGAGAAGAAGAAGAAGCGGCAGAAGCAGAAGAACAAGCACGAGUACAAAAUAAUGAUAUUAAUGAUGAUGAAAGUUCCAGUGGAGAAGAAGUGGAAAAAAAUGAUUUUGAGAAUCAUAUUAAGAAUGCUCACAACAUUGCAGAAGAAAUGGAAAACGUAAAAAUCGAAGAGGACGACCAAGAAGAGGAACUCCCAGAUUGUGAUGUAAUCACACGGUCAUCUGUUGAAGGACUCGCCAUUCUUCGAAGUUGGUUCCAGUUUUACAGAGUUGGACCCAAUAAGCAAGCCGCGAACUGCCCUUUAUGCCCUCAAAAGCAGUUCUCCAACCUGCACAAUCUUCAGCGACACUUCCUCGUCCUGCACGAAGGCUCUGACUACCUGAGAGUGUCAAAAUUGCAGGGAUUAAUUAAGGCGAAACUAAAUGAAAACACACAAAACGAUAAAUUAUUACAACCUGUGACGAGGGCAAUCAGUAAUACACAGCUUCGCUACUAUUCUCGUGGUCGAGGAGGAAGAAAAAAUGUUCGAGUACGAAAAACUGGUGGUCAAAGUCGUUUCUUUACCUUAAUGAAGAAAAAGUCUUCAGCGUCCUCAAGGGGGCGAAAAAAGAACAUUACUUCAUCCGAGAAAGAGGAGGAAGGCGAUAGCCAUGACGACAUGGUCGAGAAAAUUGGUGGCGGUGGUGGGACUUCGUCGUCAAAUAGGGUCGAAGAAGAAGAUGAUGAGAGUGAAGAGGAGGUAGCACCACCCCGAAAACCUCAUGAAGAAGAGGAGCAAUGCAAUGACUACGACAUCAUACUAGAGAAAAUUGGUGGCGGUGGUGAGGCGUCGUCGUCGUCAAAAAGAGUAGAAGAUGACGAAAUUGAAGUCGAGGCAGCUUCAACCCCAAAACCUCGUGACGAUGAUGAGGUUGAAGAAGCAGCAGAAGCAGAAGAACAAGCACGAGUACAAAAUAAUGCUGAUGAAAGUUGUAGUGAAGACUGUGCAGAAGAAGUGGAAAAAGAUGCUUUUGAGAAUCAUGUUAACAAUGGUCACAACAUUGCAGAAGAAAAAGUCGAAGAGGAAGUGGAAAACGUAGAAGUCAAUGCGGAAGAGGAAGGAGAAAAAGUCGAAGAGAUGGGAGAAGAAGAAAACCCCUCAGAUUGUGAUGUAAUCACACAGUCAUCCGUCGAAGGACUCACCAUUCUUCGAACGCUGUUCCAGUUUUACAGAGUUGGACCCAAAAAUCAAGCCGCGAACUGCCCUUUAUGCCCUCAAAAGCAGUUCUCCAACCUGCCCAAUCUUCAGCGACACUUUCUCGUCCAGCAUAAAGGUACUGACUACCUGAGAGUGUCAAAACUACCAGAGCUGCUCAGGGCGAAACUUGACGAAAUAAAAAUGUCAGAAGCAGAAGAUGAUAAGUUAUUUCAAUCUAUGACAAGACCAGUCACUACAACACAGCGUGGUUAUUAUUCUCGUGGUGGAGGAGGAAGAAAAACUGGUGGUCAGAGUCGUUUCUUUGCCAAUAUGAAGAAAAAGUUUCCAGUGUUCUCAAGGGGGCGAAAAAAGAACAUUACUUCAUCCGACUGUGACGACGUCGUCAAGAAAAUUGGUGGCGGUGGUGGGACUUCGUCGUCAAAUAGGGUCAAAGAAGAAGGGGAGGUGGGACCAAAACCUGGCGAAGGAGAUGAUGAGGUUGAGGACGCUGCUGAUAUUAAGUCCAACGACUUGCAGCCUAAAAUAGAACCAAAUGCGGGGACAUCGUCAUCAUCAUACACCACUCCUGGAAAUCCCCUCCGUGCAUUUAAAUUGUCCAAUGGCAAAUACUACUGCCCGGAAUGUAAUACUGGUCCAUCAUCUCCGCCAUAUUAUUCACGACCUUUUGAACUAUUACGACAUCUUAGUGAUUGUCAUCCUGGUUCAUCUCUUUUGUCGCCUAACAAAUCAUCCAAGAAAACAAAACCUAUAAUCAAGCGUAAAAUCAUUAAGGAAACCAAACUGACAGAAAUCAAGCCAAAAACGGAACCAGAUACUAUUAAAAGUUUUGAAUGUCCAUUUUGUCCUUCAGAGCAGAACAAAUACCGCAGUUCUUGGACGUUGUCACGCCACAUAGAGACAACUCAUCCCGAAACACCGUCAAGUGACAAUUCUACAUCUAUCAACGACACACAAGAAACUCCGAGUAAACGUGCCAAAUUAGAUGUUGUAAAACCACCUGCCACUAAGGAGACUGGUUUGACAUCCUCUGUGAGGCCUGCAUACUACAACCAACCUUGGUUCAUCAAAUCAGAAGGAAAAGCAAAAACCCAAGUGUCUCACAUACUGCAUUUAAUGGACGUUUCCAGACUCGAGUGCAUUUACUGCCCGGACGUCCCCGACAAGGAGAAGCACGUUUAUCCAUCGUUCCAGUAUUUAUUACGCCACCUAAAUCGGAUCCACUCAUCAGCCAGACAACCAUCGGAGACGGACCCGACCAAAAUCUUUACCCCUUCCCCGCUGCCGGAAACGGAAUAGCUCAAACUGACCCCGUGAUCAGCAACGCGUCACAAUACACAGAAUGUACUCGGCGGAAUAAGUGUACUGUAGUGUAUCAGCAUAGUCUCUUAGUGAGAGUGCAAAUUUUUAAUUUAAACUAUUAUUUAAAAAAAUGACUAAUUUGUUAUGAACUUUACAUGGAAAUAAAUAACCAUAUCUCAAUUUCACAAUUUA